CAAAAACUGACGUGACAGUUUCACGAAUCCCCGUGUCUGGGAGUGGCAUAAUAGCACAAAGUACAGUAACAGUUAUAGUCUUCCUGGCCAACAUUAAAAGAAGAUAGAUACUUACUUUAUUAAUCCAAAGGGAAAUUUAAGAAAUGGAUUACCUCAUUGUGUACCUUUUAACGAAUCUGGUAUGAACCCCAGUAGGCACAGUAGUGAGCUCAGAAGGAGCUGCUGCCCUAUUACUAGACAUUAGAAAGGGAAAGGAAAAGCUUGCAAAUGAUACUGUACUAUAUAGUGUUGGUAAAGUUUUGUUUUUAUUCCCUCACCUUUUUCCUUCGUGAUCAUUUUUCAUUGUUAUUACUGAUCUUAUUCAGAUGUAUUUUUUGUAUAUCUUCCAGAAACAUUUGCCAGUAUAUGAGGAUACAUAAUUGGAAAUAAACUGAACCAAUUUGAUUUUGCUGGAUGUUAUUUAAUAGACGUGACAGCUAAUAACAUAAAUGAUGUCUUUUUUUUCUGCAGACUGACCAUGACUCUGUUGCUGGGCAUAGCCCUGCUGGCUGUGACUCUUUCAGGCCCCACUGUGGCCUUUGUCCCCAUCGGGGGUGGGGCGUCCACGCAUAUCAGCAUUACAGGGACAGCUUUACUGCAAAAAGUGACGGAGACCUGUCAGGCAGUGGCUGAAGCAGGUGGUUAUGAGUUCAAACCCACGGGUUCCUCUCCUGAGGAGCUGGUCCAGGCCUGUCUUGGUCCCACAGCAACAGGAGAUGUGUCUGGUGCCAAGUUUAUCUCUGCUCUUCAAGAGAUCUACAUGCAGAAUGGACUGGUCGACCGUGACUUUGUCAACAGUGCCCCACAUCACUUUAACUCUGAGGCCUUCCUGGAGGGACGCAGUCUAAUCACAGAGGGCACGGCAGCCAUAAAGGCUAACAUUCGUGAGGAGAACUUUCAGGCUGCCAGGGAGACUCUUGGUAGAGUCCUCCAUACACUACAGGACUUCUACAGCCACAGUAACUGGGUGGAGCUGGACAACACAGAGCCAUAUAUCAACCUUAUACGGCCAGACCUUCCCAUGGAAAACUUGGCAGAUAAGGAUAUGGAAACCUGCAGUGACUGUGCCAGUGGAACAUGUCCUAAUCCAAUCCUCCCCAACAUCCUGAAAGAUAAGAAACUCACAUCAGGCUACAUGGGAAUCUUCUCUUCUGACAAACCUAAAGGUAAAUGCAGCCACGGAGGUGCGUCUGACCUCACUAGCACAGCAGUUCCUCGAGGAGGUAUCAGCAAAGAUGAACGUCGCUCAGACAACGUGGCCCUCCACAAUGCUGCUGUGAAUGUAGCCACAGCUGCCAGCCUGGAGCUGCUGCAAGACAUCCGCUUAGCUGCAGGGGAUAACGGCUUUCUGAGAAUGAUGGGAAUUGCUCGCUCUUCUGUUGUGUGCUUUGUUAUUGACACCACCGGUAGUAUGAGUGAUGACAUCGAUGAAGCCAGGGCGGUUGUUUAUGAACUCAUUGACAGCAAAAAAGGAACACAAGACGAACCCUCCGAAUACAUCCUGGUGCCCUUCAAUGACCCCAGUUUUGGACCUAUGAUUAGGACAACAGACCCCGACGAGAUGAAAAGUGAGAUCUCUAAGCUUACAGCAUCUGGUGGUGGUGAUCCCCCUGAGAUGUGCCUGUCAGGACUUCAGCUGGCUCUGACUGGUGCCCCUCCCUCAUCCCACAUCUAUGUUUUCACUGAUGCAACAGCCAAAGAUAUCAGUCUAAAGGACACUAUUGUUGCUCUCAUCAGAAGCACCAAGUCAACGGUGUCAUUCUUUAUGACUAGAGCCGGCAGCAGGCGCCGCCGUUCUGUUCGAGCUGCAUCAUUUAAUGACUACAAAGAUUUAGCUCUUGUCUCUGGAGGCCAGGCCAUCCAGGUAUCCAAGGGACAGCUGCCUCAGGCCACAGAUGUUAUCCUCGACACCUCAACCUCAGCUCUGGUGACGGUUCUUCAGCGAGCAAGGAAUCCUGGAAAGCAAGAGAUAUUCCCCUUCACAUUAGAUCAAUCUUUGAAAAACAUUACCAUCUACAUCACAGGAACAUCCAUUUCUUUCACACUGACCAACCCUGCCGGUAUGACCCAGAAUCAGGACGAGGCCAAUGGUCACCUUGCGAACAUCCAGACAGUGGGCAAUCUAAGGAGAAUUCAACUUACCUCUGAGAAACACACUGGAGGAUGGAAGAUCCAAAUCAACUCCAACGAACCAUACACACUCAAAGUCACAGGCCAGAGUACAAUUGCCUUCAUCUAUAACUUUGUGGAAAGCUUCAAGGGACCCCACCCAGGUUAUGCAGUACUCAGUGGGCGUCCACAAGCAGGUCAGCCAGCCUCCCUGAUGCUCUCAGUAAUGGGUAGGAAAGGUCCAUCUUCAUUGAGUAUUGGAGAGGUCGGCCUCGUGAUGGUGUCCGGUCCUGAAGCUGUUACCAGUGGCACAAUGACUGACAUGGGCAACGGAGACAUCCUGGUGACUGUCAGCACAGUACCUGAGGGGGAAUUUGUGGUCAUUCUGACAGGAACUGACAAAGUGUCCAACAGCUAUUUUCAGAGGCAGUCAACCACCCAGAUGUCCGUCUCUAAAGUGAACAUUCAGACGGUGGUUGACAGCAGCUUGGAGCCAGGAAAAGCCUUCAAGCUCCCCUUUAGUGUGAUGACCCAGGGAUCAGGUGGUUCAUACUCCAUCAGCGCCAGAAAUGACAGAAACUUCUCCAUGUCUUACCCAGACAGCCUCACCUUGACAACUGGAGAGUACACUAAUGCUAUGCUGACUAUUACACCACCUGCCAGCACACUGUCAGGCACCGAUGCCACUCUGACUAUUGAAGCCAAGUCAUCCAAAGGUGCUGACUCCAAUUAUGCCGUUCUGAGACUGUCUGUUGUCACCAAGAUUACAGAUUUUACUCCGCCAUUGUGUGAGUUGGUUACAGUGCUGACUGAUGACUGCCCUCGCGAUAUGUCCCAGUGCGAACCUUUCCAGUGGCAGCUCUCAGCUAAUCUCACAGAUGGAAAUGGAACUGGGAUUGACAGCAUUACGCUGCGUCAGGGUGAAGGAACCUUGUCAUACACCCCACUGAGCACUCCUAUCAUCCAGGCGGAAUACAACUCUUCCUGCUGCUCGCAGGUUGUUGAGUUCGUAGCUGUUGAUAAAGUUGGCAACGUAGGCAGAUGCUACUAUAAAAUUGAUCGCUCAGCUGGUCCUCCUGCUCUGACGUUGUUGCUGCCGCUGUGGCUGUGCCUGCUGGUAUCUGUCUUCAUAGUGAGGCCUUAAAGAGCGUCACUUGGAUUGUGCUGUACGUUAUGUCUCUGUAUCUAUGGUAAAUUAUUCAAAACAAUGUGCCUCUUUGUUAUGCUCAAUGAAUGAUGAAUGCAUACCUGUCUAAAUUUUAAAAAAGCCACUUGUAUUGGAUGAGUGAUCUUUUUUUCUAGCGUUUCCCACACAUCUCAGUUGUGCACACAAAAAUAAUCUGGUUUGGAUACUCUUUGGUUGCCUGCUAAUCAGUGGGAGCAGAAAUCCAAAUUUAAUCCUUAAAAUGCAAACUACAAGUCGUGUUUUCAUGGGAGCUCAAGAACACAAAGUAGUUUUGGUCCAUUUUAUGUCUGUCACAUUUUAUUGACUUUGUUCUGAUGUUUCACAAUAUAAAGUCCUGCAAUGCUACUGAAACAACACAAGGAAAAGAACUCAAAAUUGUUAUUUUUGCAUUAUGGCACAAUUGUAAUACCAUAAAAAGUGAAUUUCCUUUAUUAAAAAACAAACAAAACUGCACC